AUGUCUCUCUUCCACGCCAGUUUCCCCCGCUCUGGAGACUUUGCCCCUCUCUUCCGUCUUCUUGACGACUAUGAUGCCCACCGCUCUACCAACAAACAACAUGCGACUCGCACAUUCUCCCCUCGAUUUGACAUCCGUGAGAGUGAGAAUGGAUUCCACUUCGAUGGUGAGCUGCCUGGCAUUGCCCAGGAAGACAUCGAGGUCGAGUUCCCCGACCCCCAGACUAUGGUCGUGAAGGGCCGUGUCGUUCGCGAGUACCACACCCCGGACACCCAAGCCGAGACGAAGGAAACGACCGAGCAAACCGAGCAAACCGAGGAAAACAAGCCCGCCCACCGCUUCUGGGCUAGCGAGCGCUCGGUCGGCGAGUUCCAGCGGGCCUUCUCCUUCCCGACUCGCGUUGACCCAGACAACACUUCGGCUAGUCUGAAGAAUGGCAUCCUGUCCAUUGAAGUCCCCAAGGCCACUGCUGCUGUUGCCAAGAAGAUCACGGUUGCAUGA